CUUUCCCUCCAAUCUUCCUCGCAUCGUCAACACUUUCUCAAAAAGAAAAACACUCGCCACAAAAAACUCAACCAGAUCAAACCAACCACCGCCGCCACCAUGUGUCCCACCAACUUCGCCGACGAGUUCACCGGGAAAUCUCAAGACACUUCUAAUUACUCCUGUAAACUCAUCAGACACCUCCCUGAGCCUGAUAUCCAUGUUAUUACCUCCGGCGGCCUUCGCAUUCCUGCUCAUUCCCACAUUCUGGCGAUGGCGUCGCCGGUGGUGGAGAAGAUGGUGAAUAGGCCAAGAAGGAAUCGGAAAACCGGGGAGAAAGCGAUUCCGAUUCUAGGGGUUCCUUGUGACGCUGUCUCCGUCUUUGUGCGAUUCCUUUACUCUUACCGGUGCACGGACGAAGAGAUGGACAAGUAUGGAAUCCAUCUGCUAGCUCUUUCCCAUGUUUAUGCGGUACCAAAACUGAAGAAGAAAUGUAGCAAAGGAUUAGCUGAUCGAGGGCUAAUUGUUGAGAAUGUUAUAGAUGUACUUCAAUUAGCUAGAUUGUGCGAUGCACCGGAUCUUUAUCUUAAGGGAAUGAAGUUUGCUGCAAAUAAGUAUAAGUCUGUUGAGAAGACUGAGGGUUAUAGAUUUCUUCAAAAGCACGAUCCUUGGUUGGAGCUUGAGAUUUUACAGUUCAUCGAGGAAUAUGAAUUGAGAAAGAAGAGGACAAAGAAGCACAAGGAAGAACAAAACCUGUACAUACAGCUAAGCGAGGCAAUGGAUUGUCUAGUUCACAUAUGCACAGAAGGGUGCACUGCUGUGGGGCCCUACGACAUGGAACCCUCUAAGAAGAAGGAGCCUUGCAAAAGAUUCUCCACGUGUCAAGGUCUCCAGCUUUUGAUCAAACAUUUUGCCACGUGCAAGAAGAGGGUCAAUGGUGGGUGUUCCAGAUGCAAGAGGAUGUGGCAGCUCCUUAAGCUUCACGCCUCCAUGUGUGAACAACCUAGCAGUUGCAGAGUUCCUCUUUGCAGACAAUUCAAGUUGAAGAUGCAACAAGAGAAGAAAGGAGAUGAUGCUAAGUGGAGGCUAUUGGUGAGGAAGGUUGUUUCGGCCAAAACAAUAUCUUCGUUGUCUCGGUCUAAAGACUGUAAACCACAAGAAAAGAGAGAAAUGCAGCAUACACUUCCCUGCCUUCAAAGUCUACAACCUUAAUAAGUGUCUGUUAUAAGCUAGUGUCCGCAAAUGAUGCAUUUCAGGGUUAUGUAUAUAGAGUCGAGUCUCUAGUUGUAAGUUGUUUUUUGGGUGCGUGGGUAUAUUUUGUUUCAUACGGAGUAUAAGCUUUAGGAAACCCUCCUCUCGAGGGAAAAGAACCAUGUACCCUCAAUGGAAACUUGGGUGGUGGUUGUAUAUUACACUAUUAGUAAAGUCUAGUUUAGUUUGGAGAGAUUAUUAGAGGAGAGUUGUAGACAACGUGGAAUUCGGUUGUUCAUGUAAAUGAGAAAGCUAAAUAUGAGAUUUCCUUUGUUGUUUAUAGAAA